AUGAGUCUCGCAGCCUCGAGCAUCAUCCUCUUCGUACUUGCCGUCUUUCUUCCACCGGCAGCGGUCUUGAUUGCGGAUGGGUGCGGUGCGCAUUUCUGUUUGAACAUACUUCUCACUCUCUUGGGCUGGCUGCCCGGCCUGCUUCACGCGUGGUAUGUGGUUGCAAGGCAAGACAGGAGGGAGAGGAUGCGGAGAUACGAAAGUCAUUAUGGCGGUAAUACGCCGUUGAGGACUUACACCUGA